AUGGCAAAUAAUUCACAGAAUGAAGAAUAUUAUCCAAAAUUAAUGAUUAAAAAUGAAAUUUUAGAAGAUAGUUUCACAAUGGACGAUGUACAAAUUAAAAUGGAAAUACCAGAAAUGGACGACAUCGAAGAAGGGGAGAAACAUUUGGACACAAUCAAUUAUGAUGAAAAUAUUAAAUGUAAUAAAACAUUUACGAAAACAACAACGUUACGUCAACAUAAACGUAUUCACACGGGUGAAAAACCAUUUCCAUGUGAGUUUUGUUUGAAAACAUUUACGUGCGGAAGUAAUUUAAUACAUCAUAAACGUAUUCACACCGGUGAAAAACCAUUUCCAUGUGAUCUGUGUGAGAAGAAAUUCAGUCGUAAAGGUGGUUUAGUGAAACAUAAACGUGUUCAUACCGGUGAAAAACUAUUUACGUGCGAUAUUUGUAUGAAAAAGUUUAGUCAGAAAUAUGGUUUAGAUAUCCAUAGAAAUAUGCAUACCGGUGAAAAUCAAUUUUCAUGUGAUAUUUGUUUUAAAAUAUUUACGUGUGGAAAUACAUUAAGUUAUCAUAAACGCAUUCAUAGUGGUGAAAAACCAUUUUCAUGUGAUUUCUGUGAUAAGAGAUUUAUUUAUCAACAUCAAUUAAUUUAUCAUAAACGAACACAUACCGGUGAAAAACCAUUUUCAUGUGAAUUGUGUGAGAAAAAAUUUAGUAAGAAAAAUCUUUUAGUUAAGCAUAAUGAUAGUCAUCAUCAGCAUGCUGGUGAAAAUGGUGAAAAACUCAAAUAAUUCAUUUUUAAAACAGUGAUUAAAAACAGUUUUCAUGUGAAAAUUGUGAUAAGUUAUUUACUUACAACAAGCAAUUUCAUUCAACACAAACGUACUCACACCGGAGAAAAAUCUUUUUAACCGACUUCAAAAAAAAGGGGGAGGUUCUCAAUUCGACUGUAUUUUUUUUUGGACUUUGGACUGAGUGAACCAAUUUUGACGAUUAUUUUUUUUAUUUGAAAGCUGAUGCUUUCUGUGUGGUCCCGCUUCAAUUUGGUCCAGUUCUGAUUGUGGCAUCUUUGAAAAAAGCGUAUACAAGUCUUAAAUUUGAAUAGGGAUACCGUUUUGUUU